UAGACCAUUUUUAUGCUUUGCCCAGGCACGAGACAAAGCUCAGCAUCAGUUUUCCAUGGUAGUUUCACAAGAAAGCCAUGCAGCCACUUCAUUCUUCCUACAAGACACAUAGGAGCAAAUUGCCCAUACCUGCAUCAGUUCCUGGCAUUGCCCUGGUGCUGUUCAUCAGCUUCACCCCUCUCACCAGUUCAUGUACAGAGCAAGAUAGGAGCUCCCUCCUCAAGUUCCUCAGGGAGCUGUCCCAGGAUGGAGGCCUUGCUGCAUCAUGGCAGGAUGGCACAGAUUGCUGCAACUGGGAUGGGAUCAGCUGCAGCCAAGACAGGACGGUAACUGAUGUUUCCCUGGCCUCCAGGAGCCUCCAGGGGCACAUCUCACCAUCUCUUGGCAAUCUCACUGGGUUGCUGCGCCUCAACCUGUCUCAUAACCUGCUAUCUGGUGCCCUGCCACAAGAAUUGGUGUCUUCCAGCAGCAUCACCGUCAUUGACAUCAGCUUUAACAUCCUGGAUGGAGGUCUCAACGAGUUGCCAUCUUCAACCCCUACCAGUACCAGACCACUGCAGGUACUUAACAUCUCAAGUAAUUUAUUUACAGGAAGGUUUCCAUCUUCUGUAUGGGAAGUGAUGAAAAAUCUGGUAGCCCUCAAUAUAAGCAGCAACAAGUUCACUGGGGAGAUACCAACUCAUUUUUGUGACAGCUCGCCAAAUUUAACUGUGCUUGAUCUAUGUUACAACCAAUUCAGUGGAGGGAUCCCCUCAGGACUCGGUAAUUGCUCCAUGCUCAAAGUGCUCAAGGCUGGCCAAAACAACCUCAGUGGGGCACUCCCAGAUGAAUUCUUCAAUGCUAUCUCGUUGGAGUACCUAUCUCUUCCGAACAACAAUUUGCAUGGAGUAUUUGAUAACACAAGCAUAACCAAACUUACAAAUCUAGUUACUCUUGAUCUUGGAGGGAACCUGUUCAUUGGUAAGAUUCCAGAUUCUAUCAGCCAACUCAAGAGAUUGGAAGAGUUGCGUUUGGACAGCAACAAGAUGUCUGGAAGGUUGCCUGGAACUCUGGUCAGCUGCACUAAUCUCACAAUCAUCGACCUCAAGCACAAUAACUUCAGCGGAGAUCUUAGCAAAGUUAAUUUCUCCACCCUACACAAUCUAAAAACUUUAGAUCUUUACUACAACAACUUCACUGGCACAAUUCCAGAAAGCAUCUACUCAUGCAGCAAUUUGACAGCCCUACGGUUAUCAGCCAACCGUUUGCAUGGAGAGUUAUCAUCAGGAAUAAUCAACCUGAAGUACCUUUCCUUCUUGUCACUUGCUAAAAACAAUUUUACGAACAUCACAAAGGCACUUCAGAUUCUUAAAAGUUGUAGGAGCAUUACCACCUUGCUUAUUGGGGAGAACUUUAGAGGAGAGGUCAUGCCACAGGAUGAAAGCAUUGAUGGUUUUGAGAAUCUUAAAGUUCUUGACAUAAACAGCUGCUUGUUGUCUGGGGAAAUACCUCAAUGGCUAUCUAAGCUCACGAAUCUGGAGAUUUCUUGUACAGAGCAGGAGAGGAGCUCCCUCCUCAAUUUCCUCAGGGAGCUAUCACAGGAUGUUGGCCUCGCCGCGUCAUGGCUGCGCGGCACAGAUUGCUGCAAGUGGGAUGGGGUCACCUGCAACCCAGAGAGGAGAGUCACUGAUGUUUUACUGGCCUCUAGGAGCCUCCAGGGGCACAUUUCAGCGUCUCUUGGCGACCUCCCAGGAUUGCUGCGCCUCAACCUGUCUCACAACCUGCUAUCUGGUGCCCUGCCACAGGAAUUGGUGUCUUCCAGCAGUAUCAUCAUCAUUGACAUCAGCUUUAACCGCCUGGAUGGAAGUCUCAGCGAGCUGCCAUCUUCAGCUCCGGCCAUCCCACUAGAGGUACUUAACAUCUCAAGUAAUCUGUUUACAGGACAGUUUCCAUCCUCCAUAUGGGAAGUGAUGAGAAAUCUGGUUGCACUCAACGUCAGCAGUAACAAAUUUACUGGGCAUAUACCCACUCAUUUUUGUGACAGCACGCCAAAUUUAACCGUGCUUGAACUAAGUUACAACGGAUUCAGUGGCAGCAUCCCCUCAGGACUUGGUAAUUGCUCCAUGCUCAAAGCUCUCAAGGCUGGCCACAACAACCUCAGUGGGACACUCCCAGAUCAACUUUUCAAUGCUGUCACAUUGGAGUACCUAUCUAUUCCUAACAACAAUUUGCAGGGGGGAAUUGAUAGUACACGCCUAACCAAACUGAGAAACCUGGUUACUCUUGAUCUUGGAGGGAACCAUCUCUCUGGUAAGAUUCCAGAUUCUAUCAGCCAGCUCAGGAGAUUGGAGGAAUUACAUUUGGACAACAAUAUGAUGUUUGGAGAGUUGCCUAGAACUAUUGGCGGCUGCACAAAUCUUACAAUCAUCGACCUCAAGAACAAUAAGUUAGAUGGAGAUCUUAGUGAGGUUAACUUCUCUGCCCUACAUAAUCUAAAAACUUUAGAUCUUUACUUGAACAACUUCACCGGCACAAUUCCAGAAAGCAUCUACUCAUGCAGCAAUUUGACAGCACUACGGUUAUCAGACAACCAUUUGCAUGGAGAGUUAUCAUCAGGAAUAAUCAACCUGAAGUACCUUUCCUUCUUGUCACUUGCUAAAAACAAUUUGACGAACAUCACAAAGGCACUUCAGAUUCUUAAAAGUUGUAGGAGCAUUACCACCUUGCUUAUUGGGGAGAACUUUAGAGGAGAGGUCAUGCCACAAGAUGAAAGUAUUGAUGGUUUUGAGAAUAUUCAAUUUCUUGACAUAAACAGCUGCCCGUUGUCUGGGAAAAUACCUGUAUGGCUAUCCAGGCUAACAAAUUUGGAGAUGUUAAUUUUGUAUGGCAAUCAAUUCACUGGACCAAUACCAAGUUGGAUCAAUUCCUUAACCCACCUCUUUCAUAUAGAUGUAUCAGACAAUAGACUUACAGAAGAAAUUCCAAUCACCUUGAUGGAUAUGCCAAUGCUAAGAUCAAGAACAGAUGCAACCCAUUUGGACCCAAGGGCUUUUGAGAUUCCUGUUUAUAAUGGUCCAUCACUUCAAUACCGUGUGCUUACUGGUUUCCCUAAAGUGUUGAAUCUAAGUCAUAACAGCUUCACAGGUGUAAUUUCACCAAGAAUUGGUCAGUUGGAGACACUUGUUGUGCUUGAUUUCAGCUUCAACAACUUAACCGGGCAGAUACCACAAUCAAUUUGCAACCUCACAAACCUGCAGGUUCUACACUUGUCCAAUAAUCAUCUCACAGGUGAAAUCCCUCCCGGACUACGUGAUCUGCAUUUCCUCUCAGCAUUCAAUAUUUCUAACAAUGACCUAGAAGGGCCUAUUCCAACUGGGAGCCAAUUUGAUACAUUCCCCAACUCUAGCUUCAUAGGAAACCCAAGGCUUUGUGACUCUAGGUUCACUCACCACUGUAGUUCAGCAGAAGCAACUUCACUGCCUAGAAAACAACACAAUAAAAAUACCAUUUUCGCAAUAUCCUUUGGUGUCUUCUUUGGAAGUGUUGGCAUUCUUUUGUUGGUAGGGUGUUUCUUUGUCUCACAAAGGAGCACACGCUUCAUAACCAAAAAUAGAAGUGAAGACAAUGGAGAUGUAGAAACAUCCUCAUUCAACUCUGAUUCAGAGCAUUCGCUGAUAAUGAUAACAAGAGGAAAGGGAGAAGAAAUCAACCUCACGUUUACUGACAUUGUGAAAGCUACAAAUAACUUUGACAAGGAGCACAUCAUUGGGUGUGGAGGCUAUGGACUAGUCUACAAAGCUGAGUUAACUGAUGGUUCGAAGAUUGCCAUCAAGAAGCUCAAUAGCGAAAUGUGUCUAACAGAAAGGGAAUUCAAUGCAGAGGUUGAUGCACUGUCCAUGGCACAACAUGCCAAUCUUGUCCCCUUCUGGGGUUACUGCAUAAAGGGAAACCUGAGGCUCCUCAUAUACUCCUUGAUGGAGAAUGGAAGCUUAGAUGAUUGGCUUCACAAUAGGGAUGAAGAUGGUAGCUCAUUUCUUAACUGGCCAACCAGGCUGAAGAUUGCACAAGGAGCAAGCCAGGGACUUCAUUACAUCCAUGAUGUCUGCAAGCCUCAUAUCAUCCACCGUGAUAUCAAGUCCAGCAACAUCUUACUUGACAAAGAAUUCAAAUCUUAUGUUGCAGAUUUUGGGCUGUCAAGAUUGGUCCUUCCCAACAAAACUCAUGUCACAACCGAGCUAGUUGGCACUCUGGGUUACAUCCCCCCUGAAUAUGGGCAAGCAUGGGUUGCUACAUUGAGAGGAGAUAUGUACAGUUUUGGAGUGGUCCUGCUAGAGCUUCUCACAGGGAGGCGACCUGUUCCAAUCUUUUCUACAACAGAGGAACUAGUCCCAUGGGUACACAAGAUGACAUCAGAGGGAAAGCAUAUUGAGGUGCUGGAUCCAACACUUCGAGGUACAGGGUGCGAAAACCAAAUGCUACAGGUGCUUGAAAUUGCUUGCAAGUGUAUUGACCAUAAUCCUUUGAGGAGGCCAACUAUCAUGGAGGUUGUCACUUGUCUGGACAGUAUAGACACUGACCUAAAGACAUAAAAACAUAAUAGCUGAUAGAUAGUUUUGUACUUUCAGUCAACAGAGUUGAUGUAGUUUCACUAUAGUACUUCUGACUGGUUGUAAAGUUCGUUGUGUUCAGUUUGGGACAGACUAAUAUCAUUUCAGCACAUUGAAUUUUACUUAUUUUUUUGCGUUAGUAAGUCUCUAGGUAAUUCCAUAAAAAAAGUGUAUAGUAAUUCCUCUC